CUGCGUUGUUACUCUUCGGCCGUCCUUACAUUGUGGGCGCUUAUUUGAAACUCCUUAGAAGAAGAGUGGGAAUAAUUUGAAGCGGGAUGCCUAUUGGAAGCUGGGUCCUGAAACGAGCAUUAACGGUUAUGCAAAUGCUUUGUUUCUAACCCAAUGAAAAAAUAGCACAUUGCAUUCAUCCGCGAGAAGCCAUUCCCACUGACUUCAUGCGAGUUGCGAAAUUACAAUUCCUUGCUUUGCGGUCGAGUUCAAGUGUGUAGUGCUUGAAUAGCAGCCAUGGGACAGAGACUGAGUGAGCUGUGUUUCACCGGAAAGUCAUACGAGGAAAUAGGGAAAGUGCCGACAGGACUCCCUGAUAACGACACGGGGAAAUACACGAAACUAGAAGAAGCACAAGUCACAUCUGAUGAGCUUGUCAAUAAUAACAAGGUGACAGAGAGACACUACGAUGACAAGAAUACUGACACAGCCGAGGCUAUUGGUACCGAUGAUGACGUCACGGUGGCGCAUGAACCAGAAAAGGUGCCACUAGUCGCAUCUGAUGAGUUUGCCGUCAUAAAGCAAGAAAGUGACCCCAAUGAUACAGGCAUAGCGAAGGAUAUUGUCCCAGAUGACGUCACGGUAGAACAUGAUCCAGAAAAGGUGCCACUAGUCGCAUCUGAUGAGUUUGCCGUCAUAAAGCAAGAAAGUGACCCCAAUGAUACAGGCAUAGCGAAGGAUAUUGUCCCAGAUGACGUCACGGUAGAACAUGAUCCAGAAAAGGUGCCACUAGUCGCAUCUGAUGAGUUUGCCGUCAUUAAGCAAGAGGGUGACCCUAAUGAUACUGGCGUAGCGAAGGAUAUUGUCCCAGAUGACGUCACGGUUGAACAUGAACCAGAAAAGGUGCCACUAGUCGUAUCUGAUGAGUUUGCCGUCAUUAACCACGAGGGUACCCCAAAUGGCGACAAGAAUACUGACAUAACGAAGGGUUUUGUCAAAGAUGACGUCACGGUCCAAAAGGAUGUAGUUAUAGGAAUACCCGAUCUUUCCGACACACGCGUCGUUAUGAGGACCGUGCGAAUCUUCCUCAGCUCCACAUUUACAGACACGCGUCUAGACCGUAACGCCCUAAUGGAACAAGUCUUUGAGCCGCUGACACACCUCUGCCAAGAGCAUGGGCUCGCCUUUGAGGUGGUGGAUCUCAGAUGGGGUGUCCGCCAAGAGUCCGUGGAGGACCACUGUAUAGUGAACAUCUGUAUGGACGAGAUUAAGCGCUGCCAAGACAUUUCUCUCAACGUCGCCUUCAUCGCCAUCUUGGGAGACAAAUACGGCUGGCGACCCCUACCCCCCUCAAUCCAUCAUCAUGAGUUUGAGCUACUAGCAUCACUUAUGGGCCAAUCAGAGCGCGAGCUGCUGUCCACGUGGUACGUGCGGGAUUUCAACGCCGUGCCUUCGUGCUACCAACUGCAGGCAAUUUCCUCCAAGUUUCCUGUUCAUUCAAAGAAAAAAGAAGAAGUUUCUAAGGCGUGGCAAGAUUGGGGGCAGGUCGAGAAUGAGAUGUGGAAGAGCCUUAGCUCCGCCGCGGACAAGGCGAGUCUGAAGGAGGAGGAGAAAGCCAAGUAUUAUGAGUCUGUGACGCACAUGGAGGUAGAGAGGGGCGUGCUAAGAGAUCCGGAGGCUCACGUGCGAUGUUUUGUGGUGGAUCGCAGAUUUGACGAGAUCAACGUCCAGCACGAGGCAGCGGCGGAUUAUGUCAACUUACAGAACGGAGAGCCAGACAAAAGGUGUAAGGAACUGAUGGAGGAGCUAAAGUGUCACCUAAUCCCGUCAUGCCUAGGGGAAAGCUCCCGGAUGAAGUUUAACCUCCAAUGGCAUUCUCAGGGGAUCACCCCUGCCGUGCAUAGCUCUUAUAUCAACGAGCUCUGCACAAAGGUGCGUGACUUGCUCCAGUCCCAAAUCGAAAAGGUCAUCCAGGCUCUUGGGAAGUCCGAUCCACUGAAAGAAGAAAUCAUCCGGCACACCAUCUUCUGUCGCGAGCGCACUCAUGCAUUCGAAGGCCGCGCCGACGUCUUGCGAGCGAUCUUCGAGUACACAAAAGAACCAGAUACCGGGUCGCUCUGUGUGGUCUUUGGAGAAUCGGGAGUUGGGAAGACAACAGUUAUUGCUAAGGCUGCAAGGGAGCUCCAAGAGAGACACUCCGGCUGGGUCGUGCUGUUCCGUUUUUGUGGUAUCACCCCAACUUGCUCAACAGGUCGCGAACUUACACAAAGCUUGUGCGAACAGAUUAAACAGAUUUACGACAUUCAAGAUGAUGUCCCUCAAGAUUACUCAGAACUGUGUGACGCAUUUCCGAAGCUCUUGGCGCAUGCUACAAGGGAGAAGCCGCUGUACAUUCUGAUUGACUCUUUGGAUCAGCUGACGGAUGAAGAUGGAGCCAGGCGUUUUCUGGAGUGGUUACCAAGGCAUGUCCCACCGAAUGUACGGUUGAUUGUAUCUACACUCCCGGAUGUUGGAGGAUGUCUUCUCAGACUGAAAACCUUCGGCAUUCCAGAAGAUAAUUUCAUUCAGGUUAGGCGUAUGAGCCCUCGUGACGGAAAGGUUAUACUCGACAAGAUGCUUCGCGCCGCCGGACGUACUUUGACUCCGCAACAGAAGACUGUGAUCCUCGAGGCGUUCAACAGAUGUUCCCUCCCUCUCUACCUUCAGCUCCUGUUUAGUGAGUGCAAGGCGUGGCCUUCGUACAAGUCAAUGGCUGAUAUCGACCUCCCUCCUGACGUCACAGGCAUGAUCAACAUGCUGUACGAAGGACUUGAGAGGUACCACGGCGCGGCGUUAGUGGCUCGUGUCCUUGGACUCCUGGCAGCAAGGCCGGACGGCAUGAACAGGUUCGACAUCCUGCAUAUGUUGAGCUGUGACGACCAGUUAUUGGCAGACGUGCUAGAAUGGCAUCAGCCUCCCAAAAGACGCCUCCCGCCUCUACUUCUGGCUCGACUGCAGCAUGACCUGGGGCCGUUCCUUGUUGAGAGAGGUGCCUUUGGGGUCUCUUUGAUGGCAUUGUAUCAUAGACAAUUCUGGGAGGUUGCUCAGACCCGCUAUCUGUCCGGAGACAACUACAAGUACAUCUAUUCAGCCAUCGCCAGCUACUUUUCAGGAGCAUACCACGUGUUGUUCGGAGGGUCACGUGACAUCCCUGCGCAGCCAAUUGCUUACUCGCAUGAAGCAUUGAAUCUUCGAAAACUGGACAUCCUUCCACGGGCCUUGAUUGAGGCCCGCGACUACGCCAACGUAUGCCGUCACCUUGGUGACCUGGAGUUCAUUCAAGCCAAGUGCAUGGCGGGAAUGGGGUACGACUUGGUGGCGGAGUGUAUGCUGGCGGUGCAAUACGCAAAAAAUGAUCAAGUUGCAAAAGAGGUACAGCAAGCGUUAGAUGACAUCCUUGCGUUUGUCCGGACCGAGGUCCAUAUCUUGAGCAAACAUCCUCUGCUCACCUACCAGCAAGCAGCCAUGUACCCAGAAACCAGCUGCAUCGGGCGUGCUGCAAGGAAAAUGCGCACUAUAAUGGACCACUCAGAGCCUAGUGCCAUACCCCGCCCUGAUGGCUGGGUGGAGUGGAUUAAUAAGCCUAAUGUCUCAGAGGCGUUCCAGAUGGAGCUCAGCGGGCACAGCAAGGGCGUGCUCACCACGUGCUUCUCGGUCGAUGACAGAAAAAUCUUCUCGGGAUCGGAAGACUGUACCAUCCGCGUCUGGGACAGCAAGACAGGCGCCCUGCUCGCACAGCUUGACGGUCAUGCAGGCGCGGUGACCUGCGUCCGCGUGUCACCUGACGGUGGUGUGAUCGCGUCCAGCUCAGCCGACAAGACAAUCCGGUUAUGGAACCCGUCAGACGAGUUUCUGCGUUCACUUGAGGGUCACGAGGACUGUGUGACGUCAUUAGCGUUCUCCAAGAAUGGCAAAAGGCUUGUAUCGGUGGCUUUGGACAAAAAGCUGAAAGUUUGGGAUGUAGAAAGCGGAAAUCUACUCGACACUUUGACAGGCCAUGAUGGGUACCCUGUGUGUUGUGCAUGGAAUCCUGUGGACAAUACUAUGGUAGCUACCUGUGGUGAUAAUUUGGAGCUGCUCAUUUGGGACCUGGAGACGAAAUCAAGCACUCAACUGAAAAGUCAUGGCAUCGAUGAGGCCAUGGUGAACUUUCCAGAUAAGAAAAAGUUGAGUGGGCACGAGCGUCUGCGAUAUGACUCACUGGUUUGGUCAGUGGACUUCUCCCCGGAUGGCAUGCUCCUCGCCAGCACUGGGGCAGAUUCAAACGUCAUCAUAUGGGAUAUCUCAACAGGGGAGCGCCGCUAUACCUUCAACAUCCCCAACGACGGAUCAUCUGUUCGAUUCAUAAGCACAUCACAAGGAACCCAUCUAGCGGCAGCGUCUGGUCCACACAUGACAAUCACUCUUAUUGACGUGGGGGCGGAGCCACAGAUUAUCGCUCUUCUCGGCGGCCAUUCUGAUUGGGUAAUGGAUGUGGCAUUUAGCUCGGAUGGGGCGCUACUGACGUCAGGAUCACGUGACCGAACGGUCCGGGUAUGGGACUGCGCGGCUUCGGAGAAACUCAAGAAGGCUCGGUUCCACUCUGAGCGGUGCUGGAGUGUGGCGUACUCCGAUGAUGGCAUGUGGCUUGCGUCUGCCUCGGAUGACUUCAAGGUGUGCGUGUGGAACAUGGCCACGCAACAGCACGUACUGGUGUACGAGGGUCAUGAAAAGAAGCGCAAGUUCUCAUGUGGAGUGCGCGCUUGCACCUUCUCUCAUGACGCGAGCCUAGUGGCCAGUGGUGGCGACGAGCUUAAAAUACGCGUGUGGUCGCGCGAGACGGGCGUCGACCAACAUGUGCUCUCAUGUGGUGACAAACUGCUCCCGUGGUGUAUACGUUUCUCGCCUAAUGACAAGCGGAUUAUCGCGGUGGGGGAGUAUUCCUGUGGCGUGCUCAUGUGGGACCUGGAGACAGAGUGUGUCCUGGCGGCGCUGGGAGGUCAUGUCAUGUUCUGUCAGUACACUGAGUUCUCCCCUUCUGGGGAAUUUAUCAUCUCAAGCUCCAUUGACAACACUGCGCAGGUCUGGCGCUUCGACACACACCGCCAUGUAACUACCCUUCAGCACCCCGACUGGGCUACCUGUGCCGUCUUCUCGCACGAUGAGCGUCAUAUCGCUACCUGUUCACGUGACCAGAAGGUCCGGCUGUGGGCAGUGGAGGGCUACGCGCAAGUUGCCGCAAUGGAAGGUCACGAGUCUGAGAUCCGAGUAGUCUCAUUUUCACCUGAUGACUCAUUGCUCGCUAGCGCUGCUCUGGACCAGACUAUCCGCGUUUGGGACCUGAGCAGUUACACCCAGCAUCACGUGUUUUACACUGCAUCGGGGGUUUGGGCGUUGACCUGGCACCCGAUCUCAGACGACCUUCUCGCCGCUGGGGAUGCUGUUGGUUACUUGUACUUCAUUCGCCUUCAUAAGCGGGGACACGAUGCUGGGAAGAUGCUUACUCGCGCCUAUUGAACAAAUGAAAACAUAAGCGCCUUCAUCUAUUUCAGUUCAACCAAUGGAAUCUGGAAAACUUUAGAACGACGCUAGAUAGCACCUGUCGUAGUAACAAGCUGACUUUGAAAGACGCUAUACUAAACCUCUUGUUGCAUUAAAAAUAAGCUGACUUUGAAAGACGCUAGAUACCAUCUUGUUGUAGUAAAAAUAAACUGACUUUGAAGUA